GGGGACUUCAAGCAAGGCAUGGCAGACCGUCGUUUGAAGGGGAACGAGGUUGUCCUCGAGGGGUAUGUAUAUGACCUCGACGCCUUUUCAAAGGUUCAUCCAGGAGGAGCCGAUGCGCUGAGAGUAUUCGGAGGGAGUGAUGCCACAACGCACUACUACAUGCUCCACCCGCACAAGGAGAUUAGAGUCAAAGCUCUUGAGCCCUUCCGGCUCCGCAAAGCGGAAGCUCCUGUGCAUGACCUAUGUUGUGAACGCGUGAUGCCUGACACGAUCGAGCAGAAGGGAAGUGGAUCUGCUCACGGAGAUUUGGUUUUCAAGCUCAACACCCCCGCGUUCCAGGACCUGAAGUCGAGGGUACAGAAAGCUAUUCCUUACCAGUUUGCAACCAGCGAGUGGUACGUCAAGGCGUGUUUGAUCAUGAUCCUCAACGUCUCCAUGGAAUACUUGAUUGUUCGCGAUGGCCCGUCACUGCUCAAGGCUUCAGUCUUAGGGCUCAGUAUGGCCUUGAUCGGACUUUGCAUUCAGCAUGAUGCCAACCACGGAGCUGUGUCCAAGAGUGGGUGGGUGAAUCGAUUCUGGGGAUACACGCAGGAUUGGAUCGGUGGAAGCUCCUUGCUAUGGAGACAUCAUCAUGUGUUGAUGCAUCAUGCUGAUACCAACGUCAAUGGCGACGAUCCUGACAUCACAGGCGAUCUUAUCCGAUUCAACAAGUUGACCAACUGGAAAGGGCACCAUAAGUGGCAGGCUCUCUACACCUGGUUCCUACUUCCCCUUCUGCCCUUUCGUUGGCACUUCAGUGAGAUUUUCGACCUCAUCAACAUGAAGCAUCUCGAUCGAAGCAUUUCGCCGAUGGCCCAAACGGACGCCAGGAUCGCUCUAUUCCUGAGGCAAAUGCCAUUUUUCUUCAUGCUUCGAUUCUAUGCGCUUCCUCUCUACUUCUAUCCUUCUUUCUUCACCCUCUUCUGCCAUUUCGUGUGUCUGGCGGUGGGUGGAAGUUACCUGGGUUUCAACUUCGUAAUCUCUCACAACUUCGAGGGAGCUCGAUCUGUCCUUGAUUCCACAGAUCGCUCGAAGCACGAGAAACGUGACUGGUCGUUCGAUCAGGUCGAGACUUCAUCUACAGUAGGAGGAAGAGUGCUCGGGUAUCUCCACGGAGGUCUCAACUAUCAGAUCGAGCAUCAUCUCUUCCCCCGCAUCUCCCACGUUCACUAUCACAAGCUCGCUCCCGUUGUCCGACAGUGGUGCCUGGAUCAUGGCCUCAAGUACACAUACUACCCGACUGUCUUCCACAACGUUCUUUCUACGUAUCGCUACCUGAACGCU